UACUGCUGCAAGUGCAACCUCACCUGAUCAUCACAUCAAGAUGGCAUCGAGUCUUCAUUUGAUUGCUGUCCUCUGUUUGACCAGUGGACUGUGGAUUGGAAAUGCGGACUGUAGGCCUGAUGUGGGCUGGUGUCACUGUGACCAGUGCCCUGAUGGAUGGACUCGCUUUGGAGAUAACUGUUACCAGUUCCAUCAUGAACACAAGACCUGGGCUGAUGCAGAGUUUGACUGCAUUGCUCACCAAGGGAAUCUGGCAUCGAUACAUGGCCAAAAGGAAUACGACUUUGUCAAACAUCUGAUCCACGAAGACUCUGGCAAAGAUGAGCGAACGUGGGUUGGUGGCCAUGAUAUGGCAAAGGAGGGAGUGUGGAUGUGGAGUGAUGGUUCCCCUUUUGACUUAGAGGGUUUGUGGGGUGAAGGAGAGCCCAACAACGCUGGUCACGGUGAACACUGCCUGGAGAUGAACUACAAGGGUCAUCCCAACGAUGUGAACUGUAAUGGGAAAAAGGCUUAUGUUUGUGAAAAACCCCUGUGAAGAUCUCCAGCAUGUGCUGCCAUGGUGACGUCACUUCUACCAGGGUGCCAAGCCUCGAUGACAUCACUGGGAGAAGAUAUACUGACAGUGUUGAUUUAAUAUCAGCUGAUUCAAUAAACAGAUAAAUUCUG